AUAAUGGAUCAAAUAUAGUCAAAGUAAGAGCAUUGAUAACUGAACUUACACAACUUCCUUGCAGUAUACAUAUACUUCAAUUAGUUAUAGAAAAAGAAUUACUACCAGUUGAAGUUUUAAUUACAAGAGCUAAACUUCUUGUUGAAAUUAUGGCAACUACUAUAAUGAUUGAUUCAAAUCUUUCAACAAGGUAUGAUGGCAGAAGAUUAAAAAGCAUAAAUUUAACAGAAGAGGAAUGGCAAGCAAUUAAUGAAUUAAUUAUAAUUUUAGAAGAUUUUGCUGAA